CUCUCCCUCUACCUCUCCCUCGCUGGUCGUGUCUCCUGGGAUCUACACGUCGGCCCCCUUCUGUCGGCAGCAGGUUACCUGCACCCACCCGUCACCAUUUCGGCCCCCGGGAGACCCACGCUGGCAGCGCAGCCGCUUCCCCGACUCAGCAUCGGGAGGAAGACCCUGGUGGCGGCUGCCGUGGGGGUCAUGCUCAUCCUGGUGCUGGUCGUCCUCAUCCCUGUGCUGGUGAGCUCCGUUGGCACUGACGCUGGCCACUACGAGAUGCUGGGCACCUGCCGCAUGGUGUGCGACCCAUACCUGAACAAAGGCACCGCCACCACCAGCUCCAGCGGCAUCCGGGCGGAGGCUGAGGCCCUGAGCGACCACAGCAGCCUGCCCUCCACCCUGCUGCAGGGACCUCAGGGAAAGCCGGGCCGGCCCGGGAAGCCUGGGCCUCCGGGGCCCCCUGGCCCCCCUGGAGAGCCGGGUCCACCCGGUCCGAUAGGGCCCCCGGGAGACAGGGGCGAUCCCGGGCGAACUGGGAUACUGGGCCUGGGAGGCAAUAGCGCCAUAAGCACAGCCACCUACAGCACAGUGCCGCGGGUGGCUUUUUACGCUGGGCUUAAGAACCCGCACGAGGGCUACGAGAUCCUCAAGUUCGACGAUGUGGUCACUAACAUGGGCAACAACUACGACGGCAUCUCAGGAAAGUUCAUCUGCAGCAUCCCGGGUACCUACUUUUUUGUGUACCAUGUGCUAAUGAGAGGCGGCGAUGGCACGAGCAUGUGGGCAGACCUCUGCAAAAACGGCCAGGUUCGGGCCAGUGCCAUCGCCCAGGAUGCCGACCAAAACUAUGACUAUGCCAGCAACAGCGUCAUCUUGCACCUCGACGCUGGCGACGAGGUCUACAUCAAGCUGGAUGGGGGCAAGGCCCAUGGUGGCAACAACAACAAGUACAGCACUUUCUCCGGUUUCAUCCUUUAUGCCGACUGAGCCAGCCCCAUCAGUCACAGUCAGUCUCUCCACCUCUUUAUCUUUGUUGGCCCCCUACUCUCUGGGAAAAAAGAACUCGUCACAAGGGUGUCAGAGAAGACCUGCAGAGAUGCCGUCAAACAGACUCACCCUCCCAGAGGCUUUUUUUCUUCAGACACCUUCACCAGACGUAAUGGGCACACAGCCUCUUUCUCACUCACAGGAGAGACCUCCAUGUUCAAACUUUCUUUCGAAUGACUUUACAGAAAUCUCGCUGUUAUGUAGUCAUCCUUAGCUUUUUGGUAUUCUUUUGUCAAAAUAUGUACGAUUAAUAUGUGCCGAAAAAAAACAUUGCAAGUUUUGCUGUAUGUACCCUUCCCUGGACCCAUGUGAAAAAAGAUAAACUUCUUCAUGAGGGCAUUAGCAUGCUUAAAGACUGGAGAGGGGAAGAAUGAGCAGCUAGGUGUUAAUAAAGAUGUGUAAAGCCCUCACCUUGUGAAAAAACACAACUGUUGGACCUCUAUAUUUAACUGUUCUCAUUUGCAUUGAGCACAGUGCCACCUGGUGGUUGCAUGUUGUCAAUGAUGCUUUUUCCUUCAAUAUGAUCUCAGCAAGCAAACGGUAGCAGACCUGUGGCUGAAUGUUACACCAGCUGGACAUAUCAAAGAAACUUUGUUUUAUUUGCAUAACAAUGUCAUUCAAAAACAUACAUGUCAAUUAGCACUUUUCCCUCCACUCUUCCAAUGUUAACCCAUCUGUCGAUUGUUCUGUUGUGUCUUAAUGAGAGAUUACUGCCUGGGUUCAUGGUAGACUCCCUAUGUUUUAGAUGUUCUGGUUUAUAUACAGUGACCUGUAGACUUUAUCAGCCUUGAAGUUAUGUAACUGAUCAUGUGGGUUUUGGGCUGCUGCGUGAUGUGAAACAGUAGCGCGCUUGAUAGACUGACAGCCGAAGAAACCCAACGAUCCCCUGGACUCAACCAAAUGGGUUGUGGAAUGUUAAGAAGCGAACCAGCCAAUUAUGUCAGUGAUGAAAAGCAAUUUCAGUUCCAAGGCCUUCACCUAAAUUCUUUUCAGCCAUCCAGAAGAGCAUGUGCAUUAUGGAAACAAGUGCUCACAUUGUAAAUGGGCAAGUUACAAGAGAAACUUUUAGCUAAAGUGCCAGACCUAGGCCUUCAUCGCUAAACAGUGGAAAGACGGUUUGUUUUCCAUCAAGGCCAGAACAUAAGCAUUCGAGAGUCUGUCUCGUCUCACCUUUUCUGUCUUUUGUAUGUAUGUGGAAAGUGGGUGCAUGCUUCUCCGUGUGUGUAUUUGCGUGAGUGUGUGCGAACGCAAGCAUGUGCCAUGGCUACUUCUGUUGUUUCCUGUAACAUGAAGUGCUUUGGAUCUUUCAUUUGGCCCAAGAGAUUGCUGUGAGUGCAGAAAGGGGCCCGUGUGAAGGCAAUACGAGAUGUAGCUUGCAAACUGUUACGUUUGUCUUAGUUCAUCCUCUGAAAUUGUUGAAAAAUAAUAAAGUCUUAAAGUCAAUUUUUAUAUUUCCAGUUCUCAAAUCAAUUUAUUUGAUCUUCAAUGUAAACCCAUAUUAAAAUAGACAGGAGCAGAUGGCCCAAACCACCUAAAGCAUCACAGGAUUCUGUUGUUUAGAGUGCAAUCAUUCCGCUUGAUAUUACAUGCCGACUGAAGUUUUUGAAAUCAUUACUUAUGAGUUCAAGAAAAUGUAAAUGCUUUUUCUUUUCAGAACACAAGCCAAGCACCAUUUUCAAUGAAAAGUGUGCUCCAUGCUCCUUGCUGCUCAAAUAAAGGCAAAUAAAA